CCCGCGUCCACCGCGCCCCGGGUACCAUGGCGCCCGCCCGCCUGCUCGCGCCGCUGCUGCUGCUGCUGUUCGCCCGCGUCCCCGCCGCCACCACCGAGUCGAUCCGAGAGACUGAAGUCAUCGACCCCCAGUAUCUCCUAGAAGGCCGGGACUUCUCUGGAGCCCUACCUGAUGAUGAGGAUGCCGGGGGACUUGGGCAAGAAGUCGAUGACUUUGAGCUGUCAGGCUCAGGAGAUCUAGAUGACUCAGAGGACCCCACAAGUCCUGAUGGAGCCAUCCAGCCCUUGGUGCCGCUAACUAACCACAUUCCUGAGUGGGCAGAGCCUGGGAUCCGGGUCCCCUCCAAACCCAAGGUACUGGAAGAGAAUGAAGUCAUCCCCAAGAGGGUCUCGCCCUUCGAAGGGGAUGAGGACGUGUCCAACAAAGUAUCCAUGUCUAGCACCACCAAGGACAGCAACAUCUUCCAGAGAACGGAGGUCCUAGCAGCUCUGAUUGUGGGCGGCGUGGUGGGCAUCCUCUUUGCUGUCUUCCUGAUCCUGCUGCUGGUGUACCGCAUGAAGAAGAAGGACGAGGGCAGCUACGACCUGGGCAAGAAGCCCAUCUACAAAAAAGCCCCCACCAACGAGUUCUACGCAUGAAGCUUCCCACGGACACUGCUUGGACUUAAGCAGGGAGGGAAGCCAAAGGAUUGCGAGCAGUGGGCAUUAGUAGGGAGAGGGCACCUUAAUCCUGACCUACCUGUCAGUAUCUCCAUCUCUGGUCACCUUUCCAGGGUCAGAAGCGAGAGCGUGUACUGCGCUGCCUCACUUUUCUUGAUUCUUUGGACCCCAGUUGCCUUGGAAGAAAAAUGGGGUGAAACUUGGCCUUUCUGAAGGCAAGCCUGGGAUUGGGUCAUAAUUUUAAAACUUUCCAAAUCAGAAGGUAGGACCAGUUCAGAGCUUGUAUCAAACAUGCCACAUCUAGGACCAUCCUUAAGCUGGAGAGGAUAUGAGGUAUGUGUUAGAAGCCUGCCCAAGACUGCCUUCCUCCCUCUGUACACACCCUGUCCAUCUGUCAGGAAUCGGGGGAAGGGACUAGAACCCUCUAGACUUUGUGGUGUGUCCAUCCAUGGGUGCUUGUUCACACUAUGGGUGUCUCUGUGGUAUACCUUGGGCCAUUCGGGGCUCUUUCAAGUGACUUGGAAAUCAGUUUGUUUGUUUUUUUGUUUUUUUUUUUGAGGGGGUUGGACACGGGGUGGGGGGAGAGGUGAGUGUAUAGAAAGCUCACACCGAAAGGGCUGUGUAGAAUAUUUGUAAAUCUAUUUUUUUUAAACGGUUCAUUCCUUUAUGCAGAGUGUCUGGUGCCUAGGCAGGAGUGUGGAGAUACAGAGAUAUUCUUACUGAAAGCAUUUCCACCGCACCUGCUAAGUUUGUAUUUAAUGGGUUUUUUUUGUGUAUGUGUUUCUUGACAAUGAGAGAAGAGCUGGAGAUAAGAUUUUUAUUAAUUUUUAAUUUUUUACUAUUUAUAGCUUCAGACGGGCUUCCUCCCUCUUCCUUUUUUUUCACUUCCUUUAAACCCCCUUUUCCAUUUUUUUUUAAUACUUCAUCACACUCCCCUAUAUAUGACCUUGGCCAUUUCUGAAGCUGCUUUAUCUAAGAAAUAGUUUUGGCUGAAACAGUUUUCUAGCAGAUCCCAAAAUACAAUGUAUGGGGAUGGUGGGGUAUUUGUGUAUGUCCAUGUGCUUAUAAUAUAUUGUUCUUACUUGGCUCUAGAAAAAUAGAUAAAUAUAUUUUUUUAGGAUAUAGUGUGAUAUUUCCAGGUUCCUGUUGGCUGGGUGGCUGAGUGAGUGAUGUUCCGUGUGGUUGGGUCUGUCCCUGUCCCAUUCUUUUGCCCUGUUCCAGGUGCCUUCUCCUGACUGAGCUGAAAUAGUUGAGGGUAGUAGCCCACCCUAACCCUCUUUGUGCCUUCUGCUUUGGGGCCCAGUGGGCACCCUUUCUCCCAUCUCUCGGGAUGUGCUGCAAUACAGGAAACACAUGUGGGCCAAUUCACGUUCACGGCAAUUAGAAAUUCAUGUCUCAGUUGUACUGGCUACUUUUGAGAGUGUUUGGUCACCACCCAUUGGGCUCACUCCCAAGAGACCUAGACUGGCUUAGAGAGUUGCAGCUCGACUUCGCUGGGAUGAUGACCCUUGUCACCCUGGGCAAGGGAAGGGGACCAGAAGGGUGGGGGGUGAUGUGAUUUGUUAUCUGGGCCUCACCCUCUCACAGGAGAGAGGCCUGGCGGCUUAGCCCAUGGUAGGUGGGGGAACCACACUCCCUUGCUGUACUCAGAGGCUGUUAGCUCCCAUCACCAUCCUAAUGCAGGGUCCCAGCCGGCUGGGUCCUCCUAGCCCCAGUGCCCUUUUCCUUGGGCUGUGUUGGAGUGAGCACUUUUCUGUAACCCCUCUCACACUGUUGUCUGUUACUGAUUGUUUUGAUAAAAUAAAUAAAUAAAACCUGGUACUUUCUAGA